CGUCAGAUCGCCGUCACACCGCCCCCGAUGUAGUUUUGUGGUUGACAUAACAAAAGUCAUUUCGUUGGUCCCCGUUCCCCGAUCCGGUUUUAUGGAUAUCUGGUCGUGGCUGCUAUUGAUUCUGGUGUACGGGAUCGCCGCCGCGGAAGGCGGCCUCCUCGAGACAUUCCGGCCGAAGGAGGAGAACCCGCCGGAGCUGAACGAGUUCUUGAACAGCGUGAUGGAGCACAAGGAGGACUUCGGCGCGGUGAGGCAGGCGGCGAGGAAGUACCAGAAGAUGAAGAAGGACAUCCAGGACGUGGACCUCAGCUUCAUGGACCCAGUAAACACUUUGGACACCAAAUACAAGUUCGACGACAAACGACACGUCCAACACUACACCCCGCAUCGAAAAUUCCGAAACCUCGGUUUACUCCCCCGAAACAUGCGCCAGAAAUUCAGCAGAAUUCGAAGAGGAACUUUGCGGGACACCAACGAUCAAAUCUUCUUCGAAAAUAGCGAAAACGGCAAAAUCGAGAAGCGAUUCCCGACGAUAAUCAUGCUCCAAAGCGACGACAUGGUCCAAAAACGCAUGCCGGCACCCAUCGAGACGAAAGCCGCUGAGACCCAUGGGGAGAAACACCUCCCGUCUGAUAUCUUCAACGAACCAGAAGGAGAACAGCUCCAGAAACGGACCCCGGAAGAAAUAAUAGUAGAGCCGGAGGGCGAAAAAGGAGAAAUCGUGGUGGACGAAGACACCAAGAAAUCCCCGAAAGAGAAAAAACAGGCCUUGGACUUCGAGCAGGACGUGCACAAGACUUACAAGGGUCAUCCGGGGAAAACCAUGCGGAACGAGGCGAGGAAACAAGGAGAUGUUUACUACGUGGAUUUGGCGGAUGAAGCUCAGAAGGAAAGGGCGAGGUAUGACGAGAGAAGGUUUGAUUAUGACCCGCGAAGAAGAGGGUACUACGUACCGAGGUACAAUCGCCCGUUCAUGGGACAACCUCCCAUGGACUACCCUCAAUACGGAAACCCGCACCAUUCCGUCAACGACGAAGUGGCUUUCGAGAAAGCGCUAAGCUACGAAAUCGACCCGACGUACCACGAACAAGUCAACUACAACAACCCAUCCGGGAAUAAUUUGUACUCCGUGGAUGAAGGUCGACCGGAUAGUAUCCAGUUUUACCCACAAGGGUUCUAUCCUGGUAGGGCUCAAGGUGCGUCAAGGUACGACUAUCCACCGCAGGAUCCUUUAGCAGUCACUAACGAACGGUUCUACAUUGACGCGGACGACCACAUGAAACGACUAGAAACCAGUACUGACAGUACCACCAGUGAUGGCACCACCACCACGACUAAAUCCAGCGAUCCGUUAAAAACGGUCAAGCACGUAGGUAAUGGUUUUAUCGAAAUCACGAAAACCCGCAGAGACAACGAAGAACAACCACUAUCUAAAAAAUCCACACAAGAGGAUCUUCAAGAAGACGACCAACCAGGAUCGAAGAACACGUUUGACAAAAGUAAGGAACGAUCGUCAAUCCUGGCUAAGAAUUCGUUGCACCCUCUCCGAAUCAAAGACACCAGUCGCGACGAAGACGACGAUUCGUUUGUCGGUAGUGAAGACAUAGACGACGAGGAGUCGUCUAAUUCCGUCGACAAACGACAAGACUCGUUCCAGUCGCGCCAACUCCAAUUCAUCGACUACGAAGCUCCGAAUUUCUACAACCAAGAGGAAAACUAUGAGGAAAUUCCGACCAGACCACGGCGCGAUUUUCUAGACGCUUUGGGUAUGAAGAACGAGGAAGACUAUUCUGAAGACAACCCCUACGUAGACGACUUGAAGGUGAAUAACACAGAUGUGCACAACGACACCCACAUUAAGAACGUGAGUUCCCCGUGUUGGAAAACCACGAGCCCCAAACCCACCACGAGUCACCAGAAGCAAGACAUUACGAAGAUUAAACAGAUUUUGGAAGAACCCAAAGAAGUAACGACUGCUAAAUGUAAAAAGAAGAAUGAAGAGAAGCGUCCGAAGAAGAGUUUCCCGGAGUAUGCGUUUGUUGACGACGUGGAAGAUCAAGACGAAGUGCGAAGAUCCAGAGGUAUAGAGACGAAGAUUCUAGCUAACAAGGAAAAAAUUUAUAACGCGCAUGAAGACAAUCGGAAGAGUAAUGUCAAUCACGUGCAGGUUCGUCAAGAUAAACCUUUGUCUAGAUGGGGUGAAGAACCGACGAAGAUUAAUAGCUUGAAAAAGUAUAUACACAAUACGCACAAAAUCAACAAGAAGGAGUAUAAUGAAAUAGCGGAGGUGACAGAGAUGACUGAGAUGACAGAGUGUGUGGAAACCACAACCGUGGAAAAUCUAGAAUUGGCUACGACUACUCCCGACGCGAACUGCACCACUGCGACCGAUAAAGUUAUUAACACCGCUUACGAGCAAAUCGCGCACCAAAUGGACAUGGAAAACGAAAAACUAGCACAAGUGGUCAACGGCCAUCUAGCUUCCAAAAUCGUCUCCAAAGUCUUCAACGAACUGAAGCAGAAAUCCGCCUUAAAAGCGAAAUUUUACUCAGGGCUGUCCCGGAAGCACGUAGAUUUCGCCGGAACAAUUGACUUUGACAUUUUCAAGACCGGCAACGAAACCGAAGAUGUGGACGAAGCUCGACUAUUGCUUGCCCAAAUCACCAAAGUUCUGAACAAGCUGGUGGUCAACCAAGUCCGACGCAAACUGUGUCAGCGGCUUCCAGACGAACUCAAAGACUACCUCGAGAUCAUCCUCAACGUGAAGAACACUCUAGAAAACACCAACGCCGUUCCUAAUCCACAACAAGGUGACUUUCUCUUCACUUACCAAGACGACAAAAACCCUCCACCUUUUGACGUUCACAAGUUGCAAGAUAUUUUGGUCAAACUGGAAGGUCUUCUUCUGAGUUACCACAAUAUGAACGAAGAGUGUCAAAGGAGUGCGGAGCCGGUUAAAGAGUACAUUGAGAAACACGUGACGAUGUUGAAGCACAUGGUCAACUGUCCAACGCACCACUGUGAAGAUAAAUUCAGUGAAGCGAAACGAGAGUCCCCGAGCUCACAAGAACACCUACUACAAGAGCAACUAGAAAGUGUGGGUUUGGGUAAAAACCAGGAGUUCAUCCCGAACUUCGACCUCAACCAGAUGGUGAGAAACAAAAUGAGACCAGUACCAGUGUCUUGGAAGAGUGAUAAAAAGCGCGACACUCAAAAAAACCCAGAUUAUAAAUCGUCGCAGUACAAGAAGUUACAACUGGCAGCUGAACGAGUCCGAGAGAAGAGAGAAAACGAGAAAAAAAUCGCUGAACUCUUCGGAGGAAAGAAGAAGAGGUCGGUGAAGGAGCUCGAAGUGGAUUACGAAGAGCCGGUCGUCUAUAGUCUAGGCUAAUUUUUGUACAAUCUAUUUUUAUGAUAAAUAUAUUUUCGUAGCGUG